CGACCUCUGAAAUACUUCCCGACUAAUCGAAGAAGUGAAGUGUCUUAAAGCACGUCAAUACGUGAACAGGGACAAAGUACCAAUAGUACGGGGCGAGUCCCUUGUGGACUGCCUGCAGAAGGGAAACUCGGGAGAGCAACGUACUUUUUGCGGGCCACCUGGCUGUCCUCUCUCCGCGGAACAAUGGACGCUCAGAGACUUUCGCUUCUCAAGCGCAAGCUUGAAACACUUAACUACGAUGGGAAACUUGAUCCGACAUCUGCUCCGCUUACUGAAAAGGCAUGUCACACUCGCUGCAUCGUGGAAGACUUGAUGAAUGCCACCAACAGCUACCGUUCGCUCAAGAUAAGAGUGACGAAGCAGGGCCAGGAAUUGGAGUCAUACCAAACCAAGGUCGAAGUCAUACGACGCGAAAACGGAAAGAUCAUAAAGGAGAACAGCGCGCUACAUAUGGAAAUGAUAGCAAAGGAUGAGAAGUGUGAUGCACGCCUGCGCGAAGCAGCUAUAGAGGCCCGUAAGCUCGAGGAACGUGUCUCGGAGCUCAAAUUCUGGAAGGAGCAGCACGCGAACAGAUAUCGUGAGCUUGAAAAGGUCCACGAAGGAGUCAAAGCCAAACUGAAUCAUGUCAUCAACGGUAAUAUAAACAAAACUCGCAGCGUGGCGUCCACUUGUUACGACGUUGAGGCACGCAUGCAGCUCACUACUGCACUUCAGGAGGCUGCAUCUGAUGCUACGAAUAUGGUCACAUCAAACGAGUGUUUUGAAGAUCUAGUUGCGACAACUGACAAGCGUGUCGCUGCACUCCAGCGACAUCUGAAUGAAGCUCAGGCUGAGCUUGCGCGCAUGGAGGCUGAGGUAUGCGCCUCAAAACGUGCUGUCAUGGCUCGGGACAUCGAAGUAAGGCGACUCAAUAGCCUUCUAGACGGAGGGCAACUGGACCUUGACAGCCUUGUGCACAAGGCAGAAAUUCAGGCCAAGAAUGAUCGUAUUAUAAUUCUCAUGAAACAGGUGGAAUCACUCACGCUUCAAAACGCGGAGACCGUGAGCCCUUAUCACGCAGAAUCUUUCGAGGAGCAGAAUGGCGUUGGUACGUCGCCAGUCAAAGAGGCAAAAACUGAUAAUGCCACAUUUGACGGGCAAAAUAUCGACCAGAGUGCGGUGCACAGUUCCAAAGUUGUGGAGGGUCAGCUUGCCGAUACAAACUACUCUCAGCUGCUCAUAACGUCACAGAACGAGACGGAAGAGCUGCGGCGAGAGCUUUCUAGGAUACAGGUUGAGCGUGAUAACGCGAUCAGCCUCUCAAUGCAACUUAAGGAGGCCACAGGUGCAGCAGCAGCUGCCGUCGCCCAGCAUACGGGAUUCACUGACGAUGUCGUGCGGAACGCUGUUGCAACUGCACACGUCUCUGAUCAUCAUAAUGACGAGCUACUUGAGUGCAUAGUUAAUGCUGUGGAAGCACGCGAUGCCGCUGAAUCUCGAGCUGCAGAAGCCAACGCACAAGCUAAUCGCGCAAAAUUGUUACUUGCUGAGGCUGUGACUGAGAUGCAGCGCUUACGCAACUUUGCGGAACAAUGCGAAGAGCAACGUGACGAAAUCAUUUCAGCAGCAAGAUCUGCAGAGGAAGCCGUGGAAAGAUACAGAGCUGAGAGUGGAUUACAACAGUCUACUCUCGAAUCUCUCAAGGGGAGGGCGUAUUCAGCCGAAGCUGAACAGCGUCGGCUAGACGGCUUGCUGCGUGAAGCUAGUGACGAGGUCAAGUUUCUGCGAAAGCAGUCGCAUGCAGCGACAACAGCUAAGAACGAAGCCCUCGAAGUGGCGGCAGCUGCUGACGAUGAGCGUUCCUGUGCAGAUGUAUCAAUGGGUGCACUUCGUCACGAACUAAGUAUCGCUAGAGAACGAGGGCAAGAACUGGAAGUACACGCUCGUGACGCAGGUGAGGCUGAGGUUAGAGCGAGAGCUAUCGCAGCCGAAGCUGUCGCAGAGGCGGAGAGCGCUCUCAUGGCAAGCGAGACUCGCGUAUCAAGGAUGCCUGGGGCGUUUCAUUCAUCUCGUGUCGUAAAACAGCUUACUGAUGAACUUGAACGUGUUCGUGUGGCACUCGGGGUAGCGCUUGAUGACGCUGCUGCGGCACAGGCCAGGCUGAGCAGCGUGGUUUCGACAUCAGCUGUUUCGGCCAAACGCGCUACAGUGCUUGAACAGGAACUUGAGGCUGAGCGUGAAGCCCGUGUACAUGCAGAAACAUGCCUUGAUGCUGCUGAAAAUGCUGUUACUGCCGCACGGACUGUAGCAGAGAAUUAUGAGCUCGACGUCGCACGACGAGUGAGAGAGCUUCAAGUCGCUACAGCUGAACGUGAUGAUGCGCGCGCCGACGCGAGUGCAGCUUUGAGUGCCCUGCAAGAAGUGAGGGACCGCGCCCGCGCUGAUGCAGAUGCAGCCAGUGAGCUACGACGCGACGCCGAAAUUUGCAAACGAGAAGUGGAGCAGCUAAAGACACUCGUGGCUGGUCUCAAUAACACUCGAGAUGAUCUCGUGCAGCGUCUCCAGCUUGCACGUAAACAUGCUCGCAAAGCAGCUGAGAAAAUGAUAAAGGCUGAAACCGGUGCUGCGGCGGAACGCUCUAAAGCAGAGGAGGAGGCAAUAAACUCUGCGCGGACGAAGAAUAUCGUCCGAACACUCGAUAGAGAGAGAGAUCGCCUACAGUCUGAACUCGAUAUCAUGAUUGAGGAUCUCCGAGUCGUGCGUGCUCGUGCGAUUUGCGAGUCGGAGGCGGCUGAGGAAGCCCGCCAGGUUGCAGCUGCUGCCGAGACACGAGGCCUCGCUGCUGCUGCUGCCGCCGCCGCCGCAGAAAGACGUGGAAUCGACACCGAACAACACCUCGAGCGCGCACGCCAAAUUGAACAUGAGCUCCGUGUGGAGAAUGACACGCUCCGUGAGGAGUUACGCGCUGUCGCUGAUGACCUUGCUUCUAUGACCCGAGAACAACAACUCGUCAAUUCCGAGCUUCUCAAGUGUUCAGGUGAGCGCGAUGAGCUGUUGGCGAGUCUCGAGAAGACCAAGGCCAAAGCAUCCAAGGCGGAUGCUGCCGCUCGUGCUUCACGGAAAGAGGUGAACGAGGUCGUUGCAGCCUAUCAGGAUCUGGGAGCAGAGAACAUGAGGCUACAAACUGCAGCUCUCGCGCUCGAGCGCGACGGACAGCGAGCUCGCCUAGCGCUCGAUGCCAACGAGACAGCCUUGGCAACUGCUAAAACACGUGUUCGUGUAUUAGAGGGUGAAAAUCGCCAAUACAUAACUGACCUGCAGGCUUUUGAACUGCAAAAUGAUGGUCUUACGCGCUCGCUCGCUGAAGCAGGUCGAGCUGGUGAUGGUGCCACGCACGAAACAGUGGCACUUCGCGAGCAACUAUCUGCCGCACAAGCUCUUGUGACUGAGCUUGAGCGCGCACGUGAACACUCGCAUCGCGAACUCGCAGCGGCAGAUGCCAGCCUUCAUGUUGCCCGCGCCCGACUGGCCGACGCCCAGGGAGAGCGAGAGACUACGAGCCACCGCCUGCGACUGGAAGCAAACAGGGUCAGAGAGCUAGAAGGCCUGCUUGCGGCAACAAGAUCUCGCGAACACAACGUGGAGCUUGCCUCUUCAGAAGCUGCACAGCGGAUUCAGACCCUGCAGGAACGUGCGCGUAUGUUGGAGGAGCAAAAUCAUGCACUGCAUCGUAGAAUGCAUGACAUGCAGAUGCAACGAGAGGCGGCAGACGCUGACGCUUCACGGCUUCGCGCUGUCGCAGGUACUGAGCACAGAGGUUCAACGUUGGUUGGCGACAAGGCGACGGAAUCUCCUACAGAGGCAGCUAAACUACGUGCGCGGUUGGGCGAGUUAGAUCGCUCAUACGCAGAGCAAACAAUCCACAUCACCACGCUUACAGAAGAAAACGCAAAGUUGAGGUUGCAGCUGGAUGAUGCAUCUGCUGCUGCGAGUUCCGCUCUGGCGCAGGCGUCGAUGGCCAGGCGCGAACUCGCAGCAGCGACUCACCGCGAGACAAUCCUCGCAGCGAGGGCAGAGGAUGCGGCAGAGAGUGCAGAAACGUCACGCCGCGCACUAGAACAGACGAUUAUUUCCAGCAAAGGGUCUGAUCAUGACUUACCGGUCGCAGAUGUCGGUGGUUCGGGGGCACGUGUUGCUGCAAAGGAUCGCCUGCAGGAGGUGGAGCGACGCGCUGUCGCACUUGAAAAUGAGUUACGUCUGGUUACACAAGAGAGACAAGCUCACACUAGCGACGAGACGAAGUUCCUUCGUGCGGAAAAUUCGCGCCUCAUCGCGCUACUUAGUGCUUCAGAAGGUGGCGAUGCAGCUCUCGAGUCAGACCGACUCAGGGCAGCACUUGAAGCGGCACAGGAGAAGUAUGCGGCUGUUGAGGCUGAUUUCCAAGCUCUUAUGAAUUCUGUGGAAGGACUCAAGCGUAACGCUGAGUUGGGUGACGAUACUGACGUUGUGAGAGGAUCUGUGGGUGACAGUGCCGAGUUGAAAUUAAGGCUGAGCAAGCUGGAGCGCGAGAAUGCGUCGUUGCGGUCCAACCUCAUCGGAACUGAAGAAGCGUGUGAAGGUAUGCAAAAAGAGCUUCGGAGGAUCCAACAAGAGUACAAUGACCUUGCUAAGACCCUCACUGGCACUCUAGGCGAAGGUGCCGAUGUAUAAAUGCGCUGAGAAGAGACGUUGCUCGAUGUUGUGACUGCAUCAAGACUCGUUGGCCGAUGCAUAAUAACUGAAACAUAUAGAGAAUCGAGACAAAAUAAUUCACCUU